CGGUUCCCUGAGGAGAUCAAAGGCUGCGGCAUGGGAAUGCUGGCGCAUCACACCUCGCGGGUCGGCGAGAGGGUCGGGUCAGGGCUCUGGCGUGUGUUUUCUCUGGAGGUGAAGAUCUUCCGUGCCUUAAUCCUGGGGGAGCUGGAGAGGGGCCAGAGCCAGUUCCAAGCGCUCUGCUUCAUCACACGGCUUCACCGCAACGAGAUCAUCCCCAGUGAGUCUAUGGCAAAGCUGCGGCAGAAGAAUCCCAGGACAGUGCGGCAGGCUGAGGAGGUGCGUGGCCUGGAGCAUCUCAGCAUGGAUGUGGCUGUCAACUUCAGCAAGGGGGCCCAGCUGAGCUCUCACAUCCACAAUGUCUGUGCAGAAGCCAAAGAAGCAAUUUACACCCGAGAAGAAGAUGUCAAAUUUUGGCUGGAGAAAGGGGUGGAUGGCUCCAUGUUCGAGGUCCUGCCACAGACAUCGGAUCUCCCUGACCUGCAGCGCUGCAAGCUGUGUGCAGACCGCUGGAAGCCCUGCAUUUGCAGCUACACACUGAGCAUCGAGUGGUACCCAUGCAUGCUGAAGUACUGCAAGAGUCGUGAUGCUGGGGGCAAGGUUUCUUCUUACAAAUGUGGCAUCCGCAGCUGCCAGAAGGGCUACACCUUUGAUUAUUAUGUGCCACAGAAGCAGCUAUGUCUCUGGGAUGAGGAGACUUAGCAGAGCCAGGCCAGAUCUUUUCAAGGGGCACCUUAUCUGUCUUCUGCCACCAUUUGUGAUGAUAAGGGC